ACACAUGCGACUGGAAAGCAUGUCGGAGUUCUCCCCAUCCACUGAAGAAAUACUUUCAUAAGGACUGCAAAUACAAAAGUCGUCUAAUUCACAAAACCAUGGGUUUAACUAAGCAGUACCUGCGCUAUGUGGCGAGUGCUGUAUUUGGAGUGAUCGGCAGUCAGAAAGCCAAUAUCGCCUUUGUGACCCUCAGGGGUGGAGAGAAGGGUCGAUAUGUUGCAGUGGGGGCUUGUGAACAUGUUUUCAUAUGGGAUGUCCGCAAGGCUGAGAAGGUUCUCAUACUUGAAGGUAAAAAGCAUGAAGUGACGUAUCUGUGCCCCUCUCCUGAUGGUGUGCAUAUAGCUGUUGGUUAUGAGGAUGGAGGUGUGCGAAUCUUCAGUUUGCUGAACGGUGAAAGCAACGUCUCCUUCAGUGGACACAAAUCAGCCGUUUCAGUCAUCAAAUACGAUGCUCUGGGAGCUCGUCUUGUCACUGGCUCAAGAGACACAGAUGUGAUUGUGUGGGAUGUCAUCAAUGAGUGCGGUCUGUACAGACUUAAAGGACACAAAGAUGCCAUCACACAAGUUUUGUUCUUGGAAAGUAAAAACCUGCUGAUUACAAGUUCCAAGGACAGCUUUGUAAAGUGGUGGGAUUUGGACACACAGCAUUGUUUCAAGACGAUGGUGGGACAUCGCAGUGAGGUGUGGGGAAUGGUGCUGUUAAACCAGGAGAACAGGUUGCUUACAGGGUCUGCUGACAGUGAGCUCAGAGCCUGGGACAUUCAGGACAUUGAGGAGGUUAAGGAAUUGGGGGAACCACAGGAGAAGAAAGUCAGAACUCUUCUUGAGGAUGAGGAGGAAGAUGAAGAAGGACCCGAUGAGGAGCCAGAAGAAAGGAUUCUCAGCUGUAAGAAAGCCGGGUCUAUUCUGAGAGAAGCCAGAGACAGAGUUGUAUCAUUGGUUACAGAUGCCAAAGCUAAAGUUCUAGCCUGUCAUGGCCUGGAUGCUACCCUUGAAGUUUUUACUGUACUAUCAGAGGAGGAAAUCCAAAGAAAAAUGGACAGAAAACUGAAGAAAGCCAAGAAAAAAGCCAAAUCUCAAGAAGGAGGAGAGGAAGCUUCUGAACCGGUAGUGGAGAGGAAGUUGAAGGAUGAAAUCAUGAAACUGGCAAACAUAAGGGCGUCAUCCAAGAUCAGAUCAAUGGACUGCCUUUUGGUUCCUAACGGAGAGAUGAAAGUUGUUCUUCUUCUGCAAAAUAACACAGUGGAGACAUACACGCUGAAGACUACAGAGAAGAAUCCCACUGGGAAUAAAACCUCUCGCCUCACACUGGGUGGUCACCGUUCAGAUGUCAGGACAGUGGCCUUCAGCUCAGAUAACAUAGCAAUCCUUUCUGCCUCAGGAGACACUGUCAAAGUGUGGAACAGGUCCACCUUGCAAGUUAUUCGUACCAUGGGAUGCGAAUAUGCUCUCUGCUCGAUAUUUGUUCCUGGAGACAGACAGAUUAUCUUAGGAACAAAGAGUGGGAAAAUUCAGAUAUUUGACCUGGCCUCAGGAAGCCUUCUAGAGACGACUGAUGCUCAUGAAGGAGCUCUUUGGUCCAUGUGUCUCUCUCCAGACCAGAGAGGGAUUGUAACCGGCGGUGCUGACAAGACUGUGAAAUUCUGGGACUUUGAGCUCAUAAAGGAUGAGGACUCUAUGAUAAACAAGAGACUGACGGUGAAACACACGCGCACGCUGCAGUUAGAUGAGGAUGUGUUGUGUGUUCGCUUCAGUCCUGACCAGAGGCUACUGGCCGUCUCUUUGCUCGACUGUACAGUCAAGAUCUUUUACACAGACACGCUAAAGUUCUUCCUGUCGCUGUAUGGACACAAACUGCCUGUUCUGUGCCUGGACAUUUCACAUGACAGCGCUUUAAUAGCCACAGGCUCGGCUGACAGAAACGUGAAGAUCUGGGGAUUGGACUUUGGAGACUGUCAUCGCUCCAUGUUUGCUCAUGACGACAGUGUCAUGUUUCUUCAGUUUGUCCCUAAAACCCAUCUGUUCUUCACCGCCGGAAAGGACAAAAAGAUCAAGCAGUGGGACGCUGACAAGUUUGAGCACAUCCAGACGUUGGAGGGUCAUCAUCGGGAGGUCUGGUGCCUGGCCAUCAGCCCGAAUGGAGAUCACAUUGUGUCCUCGUCUCAUGAUAAAUCUCUCAGGCUGUGGGAGAGAACGAGGGAGCCUAUUAUCCUGGAGGAGGAGAAAGAGAUGGAGAGGGAAGCAGAAUUUGAGGAGUCAUUGGCUAAAGGUGAUGAUCCUGUGGUUCCUGGAGAGACUAAAGGUGAAGCUGAGCCUGCUGGGAGAAAGACUGUUGAGACUGUGAAAGCUGCCGAGCGAAUAAUGGAGGCCAUUGAGCUUUACAGAGAGGAAAGCAAAAACCUGGAGGAGCACAAAGCUGCUUGUGAGGCAGCGGGGAAAAAGUUACCACCUCUUAAGAUGAACCCCAUCCUUAUGGCUUUUGGAAAUAUCUCACCUUCUCGAUAUGUUUUGGAGGUGAUGAAGAAGGUUCGGUCCAGUGAGCUGGAGGUGUCUCUGCUGGUGCUGCCCUUUCCAUAUGUCCCUGAUCUGCUGAAGCUCUUCAAUGCUUAUGUAAAGGAGGGUCUGGAGGUUGAGCUGGUUUGUCGCUGCCUCUUCUUCUUGCUCAGAGUCCACUUUGGUCAGAUCACCAGUAAUCAGAUGCUGCUGUCUGUGAUUGAUGAGUUACGGGCCAACACGAUCUCUAAAGUGCGAGAGAUCAGGGAUGUCCUGGGUUUCAACAGCGCUGGUCUUCAGUUCCUGCAGCGGGAGAUUGAGAGCAGAGAAGAUGUGACGUUCUUUGCUGAUGCCACAGACCGCUUUGAAGAAAAGAGGAGAAAGAGGAGGAAACGGGAAAGAGUUAUUCUCACAAUCACAUAACAACCAGGACAAAACUGACAUGACGCUACUGCUGUGUGCUUUUACAGUCAGCAUGUAUGUAUGUAUUCAUUGUUCUUUUGUACUCGCCUCAAGUUCAUAAAGGUGAAUUUAUCCACAAAUCAACUUUAA